AUGGCGGCUUAUGGUGCAGCGGCUUCUCUGAAGAAUACGAUUCAGCGUAUUCUACAAUCGUCUCGCAUUUCUCUCGUUUCCCACUCUCCACAAAUCUUGCAACCUGCCUACGACGAGAUGGAUCGAUUGCAGAAAGUUCUGCUCAAAUUGGACGAGACCAGCUGCAGCAAGAUCAGGACGAAGGUGAAUGCUGUGGAUGAACGAAUCAAAGAGUCAGUUUGGGAAUUUGAAGAUUUGCUCGAAUCCCAUGUCUUGCAUCAGAUUCUUCCACAACUCGAAAGCGAGAGAAGCAACUUGUCAUUCUCUGUAGAUCUGCACAGCCUGCAACACCGUGUUGAUUGCUUCGUCGAGAAGAUGAAGAUGAUGGAGGUGGAGUACACUCAUGAAAUGGAGAAUAUGGCUGAAGAAGAAGGCGAGCCUAUUUCCUCAAGAAUUGAUUAUGGUGGAAUUAAGUCAAAGAUGAUUGGAUUAUUUGAUGAACUUGAAAAGGCCAGAAACUAUCUUCUUGAAGAAAAUUACAAUAAAAACUAUUCGAUUGUGGGGAUGGCGGGCAUUGGAAAGACAACUCUUGCUAAGCAUAUUUUUGAAGAUCCAUCAAUUCAGAGCCAUUUCGAGUUUCGAGCAUGGGUCAAUGUGGGCAGAAAAUGUGAACCGAAUGUACUAUUACAAUGUGUUCUAGCUCAAGUGGAUCCCAACACUUACCAAAGGCUUACCCAAGGAGAUGACAAUGAGGAGGAAAUAGUUGGACACUUGAAAGAAAGAUUGAAGGGUAAAAAAUGUCUUAUCGUGUUGGAUGAUGUUUGGGAGGUACAAGUAGCGAAUUGCUUGACAAACUGCUUCAGAGAAAAGAAUAUUGUUGGAAGGAUUCGAUUCUUACUUACAAGUAGACUAGAAAUAGCACACAGGGAGGAUGGGUAUGGAAGAGUGCGCUUCUUGAAUCCACAAGAAAGUAAGGAAUUACUUAGUGAGAAGGUGUUUGGUGAAGAGCGUUUCCCUUUUAAACUUGAAAAACAAGGAGAGAUGAUUGCCUGGAAAUGCGAAGGUCUUCCACUUAUGAUAGUCACGAUUGCAGAGCUCCUAUCAAAAGCAAACGACAAGACCCCAGAAGAAUACUGGACUAAGGUAGCCAUACAUUCUUCAGUCUUCAAGGAUGCAUAUAAUCAAAUAUCAGAGGUAUUUUUCCCAAGCUAUGACUACUUACCCCAAUAUUUAAAAAUGUUUUUUCUCUAUAUGGGAGCUUCCCCUCCAUAUCUUGAUAUCCGUCUGAUCACGCUCAACAAUUUGUUGAGUGUUGAGGGGUUUCUUGAACCAAUUGGAGAAGAAAGUUUUGAAGAUUUUUCUAAGACAUGUUUGAAAAAACUUUCUCUGUGGUAUCAUCUUGUUCUUGACACAUCACAGCCAGAGGAAUUUUGGUUUUUGAUGGGGAAGUAUCGUGUGCAUUCUUGUUGGCAGCAUGUGUGUAAGGUAGAAGCUAGUAGGAUCAAGUUUCUACAUGUCUUACAAAGUUAUGACGAUAUUAUAAAAGACCAGCGUCGCUUGUGUGCGCAUUGGAACAGUUUAUUCUGCUUCAAUCAAGUGUAUGAUUCUAUAGAAAGUGAUUGUGCAUCCACUGCCCGUUCCAUCCUUUGUGUUGGUCCUUAUCACUCAUAUCCAAUCCCAAUACAUGCCAUGGGUUUCAAGCUGCUUAGGAUACUACAUGCUUUGACAGUACGAUUUUACGAUAUCCCAAUUGAAAUUUUGAAACUAGUUUGUCUGCGGUACCUUGGCCUAACUUGCGACGGGGACCUCCCUCCUUCCAUAUCCAACCUUUUUCAACUUCAAUUCUUGGUUAUUGCAAGACAUAAGAACAUUAAAAAGCAUGGAGUUCAGUCAUAUAUGCCUGUGCAAAUCUGGGACAUGCAAGAACUAGAGCAUCUUGAGAUAUGGGGAAGGGACCUACCAACCCCUAAUUCUGAUGCUUCCUUGAACAAACUCAUCACACUUCUUGGUGUGAGUGCAAAUAGUUGUACAAGGGAAGUUGUCAAAAGAAUUCCUAAUUUAAGACGAUUAGGAAUUGAAGUAGAGUUGAAGCCUGAUGAUGAUGAUGGUGACGCUGAUGAUGAUGAAAGCAACUCAUUCGUUUGCUUGAGUUAUAUCUCACAACUCGAGAAUUUGGCUUCACUUGCAUAUUGCGUCAAGAAUCCCGAACUGAAGUAUGAGUUUAAUACUAUUCCUCUUUCAAUGUUCCCAUCAAGUCUCGAAGUGCUAAAUUUGGGCGGGUUGGGGUAUCAUUGGGAGUAUAUGAAUGAUAUUGGUUCGCUGCUGCCAAAUCUUGAGGUUCUCAUAUUAGAAUGUUAUGCCUUUCAAGGCGCGGAGUGGGAAAUAACACCUGACAGUUUUUUGAAACUUCAUGUUCUUGCAAUCGAAGACACCGAUUUGGUGCGAUGGAGACCUCAACGUGGAAGCUUCCCAGUGCUUCACAGUGUAAGCAUGAAGCAUUGCUACAAAUUAGAACAACUUGAUUGGCCGUAUGAUCACUGUUGGAUCACGAUUGAAUUAAUUGAUUGCAAUCCUUUAGCUGUCGCUUGUGCCAAUCAAUUAAGAAACAUGUUUCCCUUUGAACUUGUCGUCAAUUCUUCUUUUUGA